UCGUCAUAGUGUAACUAACUUCCGGUAUUGCUUCAUCAACAGUGGCUGUACUGUAACAUUUUUAAAUUUCGUGUUUUUCGUGUGUCAGCGACAAAAGUAUCAAAUAUAUUGGUGUAGCGUUAAACAUUUAGUACCAGUGUUAUAUACUUGGUGUGGUUUUCAGCGAAAUGGCGACGCUGAAACAACCAACGGGCCAGAAGCGGUUGACCAAUGUCGCUGUUGUGAGACUGAAGAAGGGAGGGAAGAGAUUUGAGAUAGCAUGCUACCCAAACAAAGUUGUGUCAUGGAGAAACAAAGUAGAAACAGAUAUAGAUGAAGUGCUGCAAACUCAUGCUGUUUUCUCAAAUGUUUCCAAGGGAGAAAUGGCAAAAACUGCAGAGUUGAAAAAGAUCUUUGGGACAGACAAUCAGACGGAGAUCUGCUUACAGAUAAUAGCCAAAGGAGAGCUCCAAGUGUCGGAGAAGGAACGACAUGCACAGCUAGAAUCUAUGUUCAAAGACAUUGCUACCAUAGUAUCUGAUAAGUGCGUAAACCCCGACACAAAUCGACCGUACCCAGUAACACUCAUUGAAACAGCCAUGAAGGAUAUACAUUUCUCUGUGAAACCGACAAGGAGUACAAAACAGCAGGCCUUGGAAGUGAUAAAACAGCUUACAGAAACCGACUCAAUCAACAUACAGAGAGCCCACAUGCAGUUAAAGAUCACCGUCCCUGGAAAAGAUGGAAAGAAGGUUCGAGAAAAAGUGAAGAAACUUGCCACAACUGUUGAACAAGAUGAUUUUAGUGAUGAUUUGGAAAUGGUGAUAUUGGUGGACCCAGGCUGUUACAGAGAGAUCCAUGAUAUCGUGGUGUCGGCAACAAAAGGAAAGGGACAAUUUGAAGUGCUGAACUUGAAACACGUGGAGGAGGGAGACGAGAUGAUGUAGCGUAAUAACAUCAAGGAUCCCUGUCCCACUGCACUGCUGUUUUUCCUAUAUACAGUAACCUCCCCUUACCUUCCUUUUGAAUAUUACUGGAGCACAUUUGGGCUUGUACACCUCCGUUGCCCAGGUAACUAAAUCGGUUUCAGCUAAGGUAUAACAAUCUGAAGUACAGGGUUCGAAUCCUGAAUCGCAGAAUAUGUUGUUGUUGAUCAUAUUUUGUUUGUUUCAUCUCCAUUGUGCUUUUAUAAAAGUCCUGCAAGGUUUACUUUUCUUUACAAAAAUGAUUUCUCAAAGCUAUAGACAUGAUGAAAAAAAAUAAGUUUGAAAUGUAUAGUUUCAUUUUUAGCAGUGGUACGGGGAUCCUUAAAUGUAUUGGUUGUGUGCAAUCUACCCAGCUAUAUAGUGAAGAUACAGCCAUCAUCAUCAUCGAAGUUUCGUCAGCGAGGAACUUAAUCUCAAAACAAACUGUGUGUUCUGACAAACCAUAGGAGACUUGAGAUAAUGAUGGGUGCAUAUUCGUGUUUGUAUAAUGAGGUUUCUUUAACGAUCAUCUUUCUUAAAUGAAACAAGAUUCAUUCUUGCAGAAAGACUAUUUUUAUGAAAUGGUGAAAGGUGAUAUUUAAAUCAUUUCUUUCAUAAAAUUGAGGUAUUGUUUUCGUACAGUACUCCUGCCUUUUUUAGUGCUGAGAGGAAGUAUUGUUACUGCUAGUAAACUGAGAACUAUUUUGAAACGUUAAAAUGUGAUGAUUAUGUCUUUUGUAAAGUGGAAGCAUUUUGUUUUGUACGAUAAUCCUGCCUUUAUGUGCUGCAUUUCUGAGGAGAAGUAUUGUUGCUAUGGAUACUACUAUAACCUGGUAUGCUUUUAAACAAGACUAAAUCAAACCUUUUCGUAUUAUUUUUGUUUCCGUAACAUUUGGAUAGAGGGACAUAAGAUUUGUUCAUUAUCUGUGCCUGAUGAAUUCAUUACAAACAGACUAGUACAAUACCCUACUGACCCUAUUGCAUUUAUUUACCGACGCAUGUUUAACCACAGUGACAUUAAAAUGUGAAUUUUAAACCAUGAUUUGUUCUGUGUCUCAAAAUAAAUAAAGGGUUUUGUUUUGCAUUCUGAA